AUCUACUCCCUAGCCUUUGUUUUAAGAAAAAAAAAAAAAAAAAAACAAAAAUCGCAUAAAAAAUAACGCAAUCGUACUUUUAUUAUCACACUACACAAGUUUACUAUCUCUAUGUUGUCUCUUAACAAUGUCAACAAAUCGCAUGUGUAAAGGAUUUUGAAAAAAUCUAAAAAAGAACUUGAAAACAGGUUCAAGAACAAAACCUUGAUUUUCAAUAACUUAAAUGGCUGUUCAAGGAAUUGAAGCCAUCAAAGUGUUCUCAUCUGAACAAAAUCAGGAAUCAAUAAUGAAUUCCAUGGAUAGAUAUAGAAACGAAUGGACACAGAUAACAGCUUCCCUAGAGAAUUUCGACGCAAUUCGUGACCUUGCAUUCAAUGGAGAUCUCAAAGUAUCUAAAUUCCGCAGUAUCUAUUGGGCGCUAUUAUUGCGAGUAUUGAAUGCUGAUCAUACAACAUGGAAACAACAGCGUUUACAACAAAGAAAUAGGUAUGAAAAGUUGAAGCAUGAAUUCGUUAAGAAUCCUCAUAAUGAAAAAGCCACCAAUGAUGAUCCACUUUCGCAGUCAAAACAAAGCAUUUGGAAUCAAUAUUUUAGUGACCAAGAACUAUUUGCUGUGAUCAAGCAGGAUGUGAUACGAACUUUUCCCGGUGUUGAAUUUUUUAGGAAACCUCUAAUUCAGACUGCAAUGGUUAAUAUCCUCUUCUACUAUGCAAGAGAACAUCCAUACAUGUGUUAUCGCCAAGGAAUGCAUGAAAUUCUAGCUCCAAUUUUGUUUGUAAUGUAUGGUGAUCAUCAGGCGUUAUUGCACUUUAUGGAGCUAAGUGAUGAUAUUGAUGAAUUGCUAAGAGAUGUAUUGAAUCCUGAGUACUUAGAAGCUGAUUCAUAUUCUAUAUUUUCACGGCUAAUGGCGUCCAUUGAAUCCUAUUAUAGAAUUACAAAUCUAAUUCAAACUGAAGGCGGGUACUUUGCUGUUGAAAAUGAUCAGGAUAUAAUUGAUCCAGUUACAACUGAAGUUGAAGUUAUUAGCCAAUUAAACUUAAUACGUGAUAAGAUACUUGCCAAGGAAGAUUUGCAUUUGCAUAACUAUCUACUUAAAUUGGAUAUUCCGUUGCAUAUUUUUGGAAUACGAUGGCUAAGACUGCUUUUUGGAAGAGAAUUCCCUCUACUUGAUUUGCUCAUGCUGUGGGAUGCAAUAUUUGCCGAUAGUGACCGUUUCGAUCUCCCAAAUUAUAUUCUCGUAGCCAUGUUAAUACGAAUUCGCGAUAAAUUGCUUUUGAAUGAUUAUACAACAUGUCUUACAUAUCUCAUGAGAUAUCCUACGAAUGUUGAUAUAAAUUUGAUUCUUCGACAUGCCUUGCACAUGCAAAGUCCUAAAAAAUUCGAUCGCCCAGCAAAUGCCUUUAUAUACUUUACUAUGAAUUCCGAAUCAUCACAACCAACUACAUCGUCAUCUCCCAAUCAAUCUGCAUUACAAAGGUCUAUCCCUGGCUCAGCACCAACUGUGAGAAAAGGCUUGCCAAAUUCUACAAUCAAUCAAUUAAAGGAUAGGCCUGCAAAUGAAAAACGUCAACGCUCAAGCUCUUUAUCGAAUGACAGUAAGUUCCACAAACAAAUAAUUGAAAUACAAUACAAAAAUGCAUUAGACUUAGCAGCCUUAGCCAGAUUGAAGGCGACUCCAGAGUCGGAUAAAGUAAUUAUCGAUGGAUAUUCUGAAAAUAGCCCUGAACUACUUCGUUUGGAACUUAAAAAUGCACAAACUAUAAUAAAUAUAUCCAGAAAUAAGCUACAAAACUAUUUGGAUACCAUCAAGAAGCAUACUUCGACAAAACCUUCUGAUGAAUUGGGUAAAGCUCUCGAUGGUAUCGAAGAAUUGUGCAGUCUUCUCGAUGUUAAAUUUAUUUUUCCUUACAACUCGCGAACUCUACAAAUCGAUCAAGCUCUCGAAGCCGACGAAAAUCGUCAAUUCAAAUCAAUGUCCCCAGAAGCACGUAAUCUCAAUGAAAAUAUCCCAGUUCCCCUUACAAAUGGCAUUAAUCCAAGAAUCAACCUUAAGCAAUUAGAAGAUGAAGAGAUUCUAAUGAAUGGUGGAGGAAAUACAGUUUAUGAAAAACCUGAUACUGGAUAUAUGGUAAAUUCAUUCCGGUUUCUUGGGAAUCGCAAGGAAGUUGAACUGAUACCAAUUGCAACAGAUGAAAAAGCAGCUAAUGCUGACCAGUUAAAUAGCAGCUUAAGUGGUGUGCCUUCUAUUGACCCUGUGGGCUGCAGAGAGGAUUGAUUCAUUUUAUUUUUUAGCUAAAUAUAUAUUUACUUGCGACUGAUUUUUAUUUUUGGUGUUACAAAUUUAUUAUGAAUAUGUACUAAUUACACCGACCCUUGUAACGUUCUUUUAAAAAUGUAUCUUAUACUUUUGCAAUUGUUCAGAAUUAAAACGUACGUUAAUUUUAAAA